AUGGAGAACACUGAAAAUUCUCACGUAGGUUUUGAUUACCAAGAGAAUGUAUCGGGAACACCAUACUAUACCCCCUACCCGAAACACUUGUUACAGAAAUCUGGCCUUCAACCUGUCAAUAUAGAGUUCUCCCCUAGCUCAGGUGGUGAUAGCUCUGUGGCUUCUGUGAAAGAGGGCUCCGGAUCACCUUCCUCUUCGUCCUCCUCUUCCUCAGAUUCAGAGCAACGAAUUUCAAAAGUUGGGGAGAAAAAAACAGAUGAUAUAUCAUGGGAGAGUGAGAAUAGAAGUUAUGAUGAAUUGCUUAAAGCAUUCCUCAAAAACGAAGAAGAGCUGAAACUUUCCAACUUUAAACUUAAGCUCUCAGAAGAAGAGAUUGCCAAGCUGAAGAUCCAAAUUGAGAAAUGUGAGGAUCAGCUUAAUAAUGCACUGGUAGAAUCACUCGUGAAAGAGGAAAAUCUUGAGUAUGAAAAAGGACAGGUGCUGGAGUUGCAAAAAAAGACCGUUGAUUUGGAAACACAUGUUUCAGGUUGCUUCCUCAAAAUUGAAAAGCUAGUGGCACAGUUGAAGUUGGCUGAAGAACAACUUAAGAUAUCAUAUGAUGAAAUUGCAACGUUGAAAGAGGAACUUAAUAGCAGAACAUCUGACUCUCGGGAGUUGCAAGGUAAGCUUGAAGUAGCAUUGGAAAAUGUGGUCACAUUAGAAUGCGAACUUGAUUCAGAGAGAAAGCAGGUUCGGAACUUCGAAGACAGGCUUACAUGGUACAAAAAUAAUGAAACCAACAAUGAAAUUGAAGUGAAGAAAUUAAAGGCAGAAAUGCUUGAUGCCGAAGCACAAUUCUCAUUGGUGAAAAGUCAGCUGCAUUCUGAUAUUGCACGUUUGUCUGAAGAGAACAUACAACUGGACUCUAGACUUGAGGAAUAUGAGUCUAGAAGCAACAUGUUAGAAAACAAAUCAAGGCAAUUUGAAGCGGAAAAAUUGAAAAUAGAAGAGCUGCUUGUUUCCGAACAAAUGGCUUUGCAAGGUGAAAUCAAUUGUUUAAAGGAAGAACUUGAUCAGAGAAGACAUGAUGUUGAAGCUGUGAAUAAGGAAUUUGACAUGCACAAGCAUAAGUAUGACAUGGUCAUGACUGAAAAAGAUGAGGCCAAUGCAAAGAUUCAUAACCUUAUGGCUGAGACAAGACAUCGAGACAAUCAAAUUGCUACUAUGGAGAGAGAAAUAAUCCAGCUACGUGAACAAAAGGCUGAGCUGAUCACAGGAUCUGCAUCUACACUGAAUGUAGUAAAUGAAUUGAAACUGAAAGUGGAUGAGCUUGAAAAAGAGGUGACUCGGCAGAAUUAUGUGAUCUCUGACAGGGCCGAGGAGAAGAGGGAGGCAAUCCGGCAACUAUGCUUUUCAAUUGAGCACUAUAGGAGUGGAUAUAAAGAACUUCUUCAAACAUUUGCUGGACAAAAGCGUAAUGCCGUUUUAACUUCCUAA